AUGGAUCAAACCAACCCCCAAAAUAACUCUGCUAAUAUCUAUGAUCCUGAGAAGUAGCCUUUAGUAGGAGGAGAAUGGCAUCACGAUGAAGCUAGACCAGAUUAUGUACCAGCUCCUGAUACAAUUCCAAAUCGUCAAAUUGCAAUGUCUUUGACAAAAGGCAUUUUAAAGAAGCUUAAUGAAGCUGGAUCUCUCUACGAAGGAGAAAGAAAUCUUAGAGGACUAAGACACGGUCAAGGAAAGUGUUCAUUCCUUGAUGGCUCAUAUUACAUUGGUUCAUGGGUCGAUGAUAAAAGGGAAGGCAAGGGAGAGUAUCACAGCCGCGAUGGUUUCAUCUAUAAUGGCGAUUGGGUGAAUGAUAUGAAGCACGGUGAAGGCUAACUCACAAAGUAAGAUUCUAAGGAAAUCCUUUAUUGCACUUUUAUCAAUGACAAGAGACACGGUUACGGUCAUAAAAUGAUUGAUGGGUCUAAGACUGAGGUUUUUUUCUACAAUGAUACUGAAGUUUCGCUCUAAGACUAAAAUCCUGAUUAUUUCCUCGGAUCAUUGGAAAAUCUGUUUUUACUUAUUGCCGCUUGUUUCGUGGCUUUCCUUGCUGAGUACUGCUACGAGUCAAAGGCCCUUUAUAUAUUGGCUGCUAUUUUUUAUAUCAUAGCUAUUAUUUGGUCUACCUUGAGCAUCAAAAAAUACUUUGCACAUGCUAUCUCUGGAGAAGAACUUGAUAAUCGCAUUAAUGAGUUUAGAGAAAAAGCUCCUGAGUUGACUAUGAACCUUGAAAAUUAUCACUAUAAUCAUAAAGGGAAUAGAUAGCAAACUUCAAUUUGCUAAGAAAAAUUGAUUAUCGGCGAAUACAUCGAUUAAUCCCCUAAUCCAGAUUCAAUCGCCUUUGUCAAGGAAACUAGAAUUACGAGAUUAGAUUUUAAAACUAAAGUUGAAUUUUCAGUUCCUGCAAACAAAUCAAAAGGAUGGCAAGAGGAAGAUUUUAGAAGAAAAAGCAAAAAAGAUACUCAUUGUGAUUUCAAACUUCUCAAAACUAUUAAGGACUGCCCUGAAAAUGCCAUAGUUUAUAAUGGAUCACUUCCCAUUUAUUGCAACCAAGUUGUUCACUUUAUCUUCUCUUUAUUUGCACUCUCAUGGCUCAUUAGAGUAAUCUUUGUAUUCAACUCUCAGAAAGUCAAAUACAAAUUCAAAAAGUAUAUUGUUAAAUGA